AUGGGCAAUAGCUACACUCACCUGGCUACUCAGGAUCCUUCCGAAUUACAUCCAUCUUCAGCAUCAAACCGACCGGAUAUCUCGAAAUUACAGAAAUGGACCACACGAUUCACUCCAGCUGAUCAUACAUCACAUAUCAAAAUAUCUAGAAGUACAUCACAGUUCGGAGAAAUACAUCCAACCAUACGCGCUCCUGUCCAUAGCGAUGCUAUUGGAGCAUUAGCGCCAGUAAGGCCUGGUAUGGUACUUAGCGGAGGCCGUGAUAAGCUGAUAGCAUUGAACAACAUGGAUACGGGAAAAUGUAUUUUACGAUGGUACGGCCACGAGAAAGAAGUCACUAAGAUUUCAUAUCAAAAUAAAUAUGCAAAGCAUUUGAUUCUCAGUGGUUCAAGAGAUUCACAGAUUAGACUAUGGCAAUUUGAUAGUCCGAGUACUUUACGCAUCUUUUCGGGUCAUCAGAUGAGUAUUGGUGGAUUAGCUAUGCUUGAUCAAAUGAAAUUUGUCUCGGGAGCACGAGAUGCUACCUUGCGAUUAUGGGAUCUCGAGAUGGGCACAUGCUUGCGUGCUGUACGACAUUCCAGAAAUUUGGUAACUCAUAUAUCACAUUGCAGCACAAAUAAUCUACUUGCCCAGUCAUCAGAAGAUAAACAAUUGAAAAUUUGGGAUGGUCGCAAUUUGUGUCUUGCAUUUCAGUUUCCAAAAAAAAAUCAUAUCCUUACGCAUUGUGAUUUUUUACCAGAUGGUAAUUACUGCAUUUCAUCAAGUAAUGGUUUUAAUGGUGAUGGUUGUGAAAUUACGCUAUGGGAUAUUCGACAACAAAAGAUGAUCCAGGAAUAUUAUGGACAUGAAGAAUCGGUAAGCUGUACAAUUUUUCUGCCACAGCAGAUAAUCUCGAAACGUAUGCUGUUGAGUGUUUCCGCUGAUCAUACUGCUAAAUUAUGGAAUAUUGAUGAUGGAAGUUGUUUAUGGAGUGAGCUUAUACCAACUGCAUCUGAUCUAUUAGCAUGUGUAGGUUUCAGAGAUGGAAAUAUUGUUGUCAGUGGAUUGAAUGCAACAUUUUGUCAUUUACGAAUUCUCACUCGUGCUGCUCGUCCUUAUCUUGAAUGUAUUUCGGUUGCACAAUUGCGCACUCGAUAUUCAAUAAACGCCUAA